CAGCCCGUUCUUCACAUGACUGUGGCGUUGUGUCUCACGACAAUAAAUAGCACAACUUGCCAGCAGAGGUGUUUCAGUUCCAAGAGCUUCAACAUUGCAGCAGACAUCAACGUAAACGCUCUCUACAAAAUGCCCGGGAUCUUUUUUUCUCAUGCUAAUGCUCUGAAAGAAGUUGACAACAAACCCGACGAAGUUAUGGCUCAGAAAAAGAAAAAUUUUGCUGUGGAUCUUAAAAACUACUUGAAAUCUAUGUUGCCCCAUCUGGAGACAAUGAAAUCAUCAUCAUCAACUUCUUCAUCAGAUUCAGAGAAAAAUAAGCUUACUCCUGAUGAGAUUAUUCAGUGGACAAUGUCUCUGGAGAAACUCCUCAUAAGUGAAGAUGGGCAGUCUGUCUUCAGAGAGUUUUUGAAGUCUGAAUUCAGUGAAGAAAAUAUAGAGUUCUGGCUGGCCUGUGAAGACUACAAGGCAACCAAUGAUUCAGAGGAAUUACGUUGCAAAGCUAACGUUAUAUAUCAAGAAUUCAUACAACCAAAUGCAAACAAACAAAUUAACAUUGACUUCUCUACCAGAAAUUCAGUUACUAAAGAUCUUCUUGAACCCACAAUAACAACAUUUAAUGAUGCUCAGAAGAUGAUAUUCAUUCUCAUGGAAAGAGACUCAUACCCAAGAUUUCUAAAAUCAGAAAUAUUUUUGAGACUUGCAGAAAGGCACCAUGGAAAUAAUGUGAGAGGAUAAAAAGGCUACAUGUAUAGAUAUACACACAUAUAUAUAUAUAUUUACAUGUCACUUUACAUGUCACAUGUCACAAAUCCUGGAGGAUAAUGCUCAGGAGGACCAAGGGUCUUCUCAGGUGUCUUACUUGUACUAAGAGGAGGAGCAAAAACUGCCCUCCUGAGAGCUGGCACUAGGACCAUGAAGACAGCACUAUGGAAGGAGAAGAUAAUGCUUGUAUACCAAGUUCCUGCUAAAAGAACAGAGAAGCUGUUUGUAUAGAGAAGUAGCAAAAGGAAGUUUCAGUUGUCAAGCACAAAACAGGAACAAACACAUAUUUAUAAAUUUACUUGUGAAUAAAAGCAAGAAGGUUGUUACAUUUCUUCAUUCCUUACAAAUGAAAUUCACAAUAAUACCAUGCAAUCUGGAAUGUGAGAUUUAGUACUGUGAAUAUGUGCUCGUGUUAAAUAAUGUUUAUAAAUAAUGUUAUUCUAAAUGUGAUGGAUUUAUAUUUCCCUUCUAUUUGUUUAUUCUACUUUCUGUAUAAAUGUAUAUGUCUUACUUUGAAAAACAGGCAUUUGUUCCAAUAUUUUAUAUAUUUAUUUAUAUUUCUUUUUAAAUGCUCUAUUUAUGUUUCCACACAUAUGCUGUGUACCAUUUUUAUAAUAUAGAACAACAAUUAAAUGAUUACUUUUUCAACACAA